UUCUGCCAUCAGGUUAUCGACCAAUCCGACUGUUCCUGUGCUCAGUGUUAAGUAUAUGUGCCGCUCCUCUGUGUGAGACGUUCCCCAGACCAGACUGUAGCAAGGAUGGCAUUCACCGGGACAUGGCAGGUCUACGCUCAGGAGAACAUUGAGGACUUCAUGCGGGCUCUCUUGCUUCCAGAAGAUAUAAUCAAGAUUGGGAAAGACAUCAAGCCAGUCAUUGAAAUCAAACAAACCGGAGACAACUUUGUCAUCACGACCAAAAAUCCCCGUCAGUCGGUGACCAAUGAAUUCACCAUCGGGAAAGAAGCCGAUAUCACCAGUAUGGAUGGCAAAAAGAUGAAGUGCAUGGUUCAGAUGGAGGACGGGAAGCUGAUCUGCAAGUUAAAGAACUUCCUGCAUGUACAGGAGGUGCAGGGAUCCGAAAUGAUUGAAAAACUUACAGCAGGAACCACCACCAUGACCAGGAAAAGUCGUCGAAUCUAACAACAGCCACUGGUCCUGUAUUGUAAUAAAAAGAUUUCAAUCCUGCUA